UGGGAUGCUGAGCCACCUGUUUGUGAACGGAUUUAUUGUGAGAUGCCCUCAGGCAUUGCCAAUGGAUUCUACAGUCCUACCAAAGAACAUUAUGAGUAUGGAAUGGCGGUUCACUAUUACUGCCUCCUUAAUGAGAUAGGGAGUCCGCUCUUUAACCUGGUGGGUCAGUCUGCCAUACACUGUACCACCCAUGAUGAUCAGACUGGAGUCUGGAGUAGCCCUUCUCCUCAGUGCAUUGAACGCAACAAAUGUAUUCCUCCUCCCCAUGUUGAAAAUGCAGUCAUGGUGACUGAAAACAGAAGCUUGUUUUCCUUAAGGGAUAUUGUGGAGUUUAAAUGUCAACCUGGAUUUACCAUGAGAGGAGCCAGCAGUGUGCAUUGUCAGUCCCUAAACAGAUGGGAGCCAGAGGUACCAAGCUGCUUCAUGGAGAAACCCUGUGAUCCUUUCCCGGAGCAGCUUCCUAAUGGGCAUGUACUGUUUCCACUAAAUCUUCAGCUUGGAGCCAAAGUGUCCUUUGUUUGUAAUGAAGGGUAUCAAUUAAAAGGCAGUUCUUCUAGUCAUUGUGUUCUUCAUGGAGUGGAAAGCAUUUGGAAUACCAGUGUGCCUGUGUGUGAACGAUGUCAGUCACUCCCUGAAAUCCCACAUGGGAAGCACACCCCAAACAACAAGAACAUUUCUCCUGGAAAAGAAGUAUUCUACCACUGUGAUCCUGGUUAUGGAUUCCUUAGGACUGCUUCCCUACACUGCACCACACAGGGAGACUGGAGUCCUGAGGCCCCCAUAUGGAAGUGAUAUGUAGACUCCCUCAGGAUAUGAGUGGAUUCCAAAAGGACUUGAAAAUGAAGAAAGAGUAUUACUAUGGAGACAGUGUAACUUUGGAAUGUGCGGCUGGGUAC